UCAGCUGGCAACAAAAUGUGGGAGGACUCGGUCACUCGGUGCAGGAUUGCUCCUGAUUUUCCCCGAUAACCCCCAAACCGGAUUGAAUUCAUCUGUUCUUCUAGGAACCACAUAAAUCUUCGACGAUGGAUUCCACAUUCCGACGUGUAUAUAGAUAGAUCAUUCCGAGUUUGUUUGCUGCAUGGAAGCAGAGCUGGGAACCAUAUGAAAAAUGGAGACUUCACUUGAACUAAAAAAGGGAAUCCCCCGCAUUAUUUAAAUCAAAGAAGUGGUGGGGGUAAGUAACAAAUUAGAAUAACCCUUGCACAAUAAAAUGGAAUUAAUUACAUCAAGAAAGUAUCGUUAGUUUUACCGCGCAACAGCUACGCCCUCACACUUUGCCAAAGCAGGUAUUAAAUUGUGUAGUUGUUCAUGACGAUUUUCAUUACAACCAACCGAACGCUCACUUAAAUAAAAAAUUCCUAUAACCGUAUUUGUCUGAAUAGUCCAACGAUUUAUGGGCUGGCUCUGGCUUGUUUCGAUUUUUGUUUAGUUCUUCUCCUAUCGCUUUUACUGUACCAGACUUGUUUUCAUGGCCACCGGCAUUGAAUGGUCCAUUUGGAAUCGAGAAAAAGUACCCGGUUCCUCGUUGCCAGAGUCAUUUAAAUUCGAUAUUUGGUCACGAAAACACUUGUCGAGAUAUUCUUCUCUCCUUUGUUGGAUCGAACGUAUCGGUCUACAGCGUAAACUUGGUUGAAAAGAUAACUAGUUAAUUUCGCCAUGCUCCGUAUCGCAUCUAAACAUUUGUGUAAAGGUUACAGCAGGGUACCGCUUUUAUCAAAACGUAAAACUUUAAAGCAACUCCACUGCCAUCAGUUUCAAACUGGAGUGCCAAGCGUCACCAGUCUCGCAACUGCAAUUAGUACCAAGAAUAAAGAACUACGUGAAGAUUCACUAGUGCGACAAGAUGUGGAAGAUGUCUACGAAGGUAUCAGAGAGGCCUUAACUGACACUCAGCCGUUGCUCGUACCCGUAGCUCAAUAUUAUUUUGGCGGAGAUGGCAAAGCUAUCAGACCAGUAAUUACGCUAUGUUGGGCUAAAGCAGUAAACUACCAGCUGGGCAAACAAACCUAUCGGAGAUUGAUUCAAGACCAAAAAAGAGUAUGUCAAGUACUUGAAAUGAUUCACGCAGCCGGUUUGUACCAUGACGACGUAAUUGACAAUGCGGAAAGUAGGAGAAGCAGGCCGUCAAUCAACAAUGUUUGGGGUAUUAAAAAAUCAAUUUUAGCUGGGGAUUUCGUCCUGGGUCGGUCGAUGAGAAUAAUCGCCGAAAUUAACAACGAAGACGUAUCGAUUUUAUUAAAUACGAUGAUUGAUCACAUAGUCAUUGGAGAAAUCAUGCAACUCAGUGCAGGCGCUACAGAGGAAGAAAGAUUUGCGCACUAUGUCGAUAAAACAUUUAAGAAGACUGCAAGUUUACUUGCUCAUAGUUGCCAGGCGGUCAGUGUGCUCUCCGGAGCUGAUUCCGACGUACAAGCGAUGGGUUUCACGUUAGGUCGCCAGUUGGGAAUGGCCUUUCAAUUGGUUGACGACAUCUUAGAUUUCUCCGCUACAUCGGCCCAGUUAGGCAAAGCAGCGGCCGUCGACUUGACGCAAGGGCUGGCCAACGCCCCUGUUUUGUUUGCUGCCCAGCAGUUUCCUGAAUUGAAUCCGAUGAUUGCCCGUCGAUUUAAAGAGCCAGGUGAUGUCGAGACCGCCUUUCAGUUGAUUCUUCAAUCGGAUGGAAUGAAUAAAACGAAAGAAUUGGCGACCGAAUACUGUGAUGAUGCUGUCAAACAAAUAGCGCAACUUUCAUCAUCGCCCUAUCAGCAAUUUUUGUUCACCAUUACACAUAAAUUACUCAACAGAAUUAAAUAAUUUCCUUAGUAAGGUUGGAAGAUGGGAAACGUCUAUUUUAUUUAUUUUAACGCCAUUAUCGUAACCGCAUUAUUUUCUUUAUUGGCAAAGUGUAAUAAAAAUUGACGAAUAAAAAACCAUAUUGCUGUAAAUACAUUCAUUAUAAACGGAA